AUGUCAACCACACGCCCACGCUCGCCAGACACGGCAUCUGGCGGCGACCGCAAACGACGACGAAAAGUCUUGUCAUGCUACGACUGCCGGCGACGCAAGCUGCAAUGUGAUCGUGUCAUGCCUGCCUGUGGCAGAUGUACGAAAGCCGGGCAAGCAUCAAACUGUCUUUAUCUUGACGAGCCUGGUGAGGGAUCGAUCGAUGCCGGACCGAACAAUGGCCCCUUCGACUCUCAUCUCAGUAGGCCACCUCAGGCCCCCUCAACAGUAGCCUCUAGCGAUGCUCUGGCACGUCUAGAGUUCCAGGAGAAACGCAUCAAGCAACUUGAAGCUGCUCUUGCCCAGACAGGCUAUACGCAGUCACUAGAUUCCUUGCAGCGGAUGCGAGCUACAAAAUUACCUCUGACGCCGGAGUCAGUCAUGGGCCGUGGCGACCAGGCCGCAGGAAAUGUAGUCGAUCGUGAGACGAUGAUGCUUCGAGGUGGGUCUUUCAAGACACAUUUUCACGGUAUCACGCAUACAGGAUCGCUUAUCGCGCUGAUACCUGAGCUCAAUUUGUUCACGCGAGAAGCAUUUGAGAAGUUUCCAGCUCUUGCUCGUAUACGUCAGGAUAUGCAUGCGCUUGAGGACCGAACGGAAUAUGCGGGCUCGAGUUCUCGUCAGACUAGUGAAGAUGCUUUGAAGGCCUUAGUACCACCUAGAAGUGAUACCGAUCAGCUCUUACGCCUAUACUUCGACAGCUACGGCCACAUCUAUCACAUCCUCCAUCUUCCAUCGUUCUGGAGACAAUAUGAGGAGUUGUGGACAGACCCUACUAACGCCCCAGCACAUUUUGUGGCUAUCGUACUGCUCAUUACAGCAGCAGCGCAAUGUCUAUCACCACAACAACCGUGGCUGUACACCGCCAACAGUUCCACCGCGCGCGAGAAAGCUGUUACAUGCAUACAAGCAUGCGAUGAUUGGCUACAGACACAAAGCCAGAAACAUGUAAAGGCUGCCGAUUUCCAGAUUCGCUUCCUAUUGUUGCUCGCUAAGUCUGUUUCUGCCUGGAAGUUCAAACGUACCUGGACCGAUGCAGGUACACUUCUGCGAUUCUGCAUGGGUGCAGGACUGCACCGGAAUCCAGACCUGAUUCGUAAGCCUACUUCGGCGCUCGACAAAGAGCUGAGGCGACGAAUCUGGGCUGCGCUCAUUGAAUUUGACCUUCAGACUUCCUUUGAUCGCGGCAUGCUUGCUGGACAAUGGCCACUUCAAGCUGACACAACACCACCCAGCAACAUCGACGACGAUGACUUGAGGCCGGAAAGUGAGCACCUGCCUCGCAAACUACCGGCCUCAGACUUCACAUCAGCUUCCUAUCUAUCCCUCGCGAGCGACUCCAUAAUGCUGCGGCACGGACUGAACACGACUUUGAACAAUAUCAGGCAAAGCCUUUCUUUCGAUGACGUGAAGCAUUACACUGAAGAGAUUGAAGCACAGCUAUCAGCCAUACCAGACUGGCUAGGCAAAUCAGCCGAGAUUCCAAAAGCACUCCUGUCUCUUAACCUUCGCCAAUACCUACUAGAAUUACACGGCCGCCAGCUUCGACAGUCAGAGAAUGUGGUCGAACGCAGCUUUUCUCGUAUGAUUCUGGUUGACAAUGCGACCCGCAUCAUCGACACACUACGCAGCGUUAGCGAUGGAGGCUCACAUGCACUCCAGCUAAUGUGCAGUCAUCACCUACGAGCCGCACUCUCAAUCUGCCAUGUAGCCACUUCCACCGAUAUCCAAGCACAUAGUGCAAUCGGCCAAAUCAUCGAGCAUCAUGCGGACAGGGUGAUGCAAGAAGCCAUCCAACUACUGACAGAAAAGGUUAUCCGAUUCGGCCGAGAACAACGCCAACUCUGGGUUGCUCUAGCAGCCCACGGGUUCUGGAAGUCCAAGAAAGAUCCGUCCCAACGAGCAGUAUACAUGCAAGAAGCUGUUGAUAAGAUUACUAGGCCAUACUACAAAAUUAUGGCUAGCCAGGAGGAUGCGCCUACUAAACUUGGUACCGGUGUAACCGGUAAGGAGUCUCAAGGUGUGCUGGAAUAUAUGCCACCUGUUGGUGCUAGUGGCGGUGGGGUAGUAGUCGACGGUUUGGAGGAUGCGCUGCCAAUGUUUGAUCUUGAGGAGAUCGAGGCGUGGACUUUUGAGAACUUUUUCGGACCAGAGGAGCUGCAGCAGGGUUUCUUGGACCCUUCUUAUGCGACCACAGGGACAUGA